AUGACUUCUUGGGCUCCUCCUUUAGUUGGGUGGAUGAAAAUCAAUGUUGAUAGAGUGCUAAACAAGCACUCUAAUCAGGCUAGGGCUAACGGUCUCUUACGAUCAGAAAUAGGGGACUGGAUUGGUGGCUUCAAUUCAAAUUCGGUGGAGGCAAUCCAAGCUAUCAAGACCCAGAACCAGAUGGAUCCUAACUUCAAUCUCUACCAAGAAAUUGGAGAAAUGCUCAAGAGGGAUUGGCAAUGCGAUCUGCACUCUAUUUGCAGAGAAGCCAAUUGUUAUACCGAUAUGUCAGCAAAAACUGCUAUUAAUAGGGUCAAUGGACUUGAAACUCUAAUGACAGCCCCUCUGUGUGUGGAGUUGGCUCUAGCUAGCAAUAAGAUGGAAUGA